GGAAGUGGGGAUAUGUCUCGUGAUUUUGAUACUUUGUUCUUAAAAGUCAACAGCAUUAGUAAUUAAUGCAUUCUUUAUAAAGAAAGUGUUCAGUUCAAACGUUGAAUUUCAUGCAAAAGCAAUGUCUUUUUUAAAUGUAUUAGUAACAAAUCCAGAAAGAGCAGAGGAGCUUCGAAAUGCUUGGAAAACAUUGAGUUACAAGUUACUUACGCAAUCACUGCCUUCAUCUCCGGCUUCAACACCUAAUGCUAUAGAUUUUGAACUAGUGACACCAAGCAAAAAUGUCAGGCAUUUAAAAAAUAAAAGUAUUUUUAAAAAGCUGUGUAAAACACCUUUGUGUUUUGAAAAAUCGUGUUUGUGUCACAUUCGUUAUUUUGAAGAGAUAACAAAGCAUAAAGAAAACAUUUAUCAGAAACAGCUUUCAAUCGAAUACGUAUUAGAGUCGACGAAAAGUUCUUUGGUUAGAAAAAGAAAACUUAUUUCGGAUAAAAUUUUUUCCCUUAAAAAAAAUAAACCAAAUAAAGAAGAAGUUGCAUGUCAAGUUCAUGGUAUUCUGAGCUUACCUGGAUGCAGAGACCCAAGAUACAAUAUCACUAGCAAUGAACUUUGUCGGCGCACUAACCAGCCAGAGUGUUUGACUAAAGUUGAUAUGAUAUCUUAUGUACGACUGGCAAAGAAUUCUGCUAGAGUAUUGCUUCAAAAGCACGAUAUAAAAACUAAUCAACACAACCAACGUUCCGAGCAUACAGUUCUGUCAAAAAUGUGCGAGGAAGAAUGUCUUACUCUUGCAAAAGGUAUAAGUGAUAUUAACUAUAAAUAUUUUCCAGCAUCUUGGUUUGCGUUUAAAUCAAUUGAAGAAAUCAUGGACAAUAACUCAGUUUAUAAUAAGCGAAAGGAAGCAUUAAUCGACCGCGAAAAGGACAACCAAGUAACAAAAUGUGUUUUAUUAGACAUAUAUUUUGGAUUAGAGAAGCGAAAAAACGAUAAAGAAAUGAGUGUAUUUAAUCUGGUUUCACAUUCUUUUGGACAUCCCAAUCUACAAAAUCAUAUUCUUUUUUUGCUGAGUUAUCUUGACGAAGAACUUCGUAUACUUAGAACUGCUUAAAUGAUUGGUUCACUGCUUUGGUUUUUUAGCUAUACGGAGAAAAAAACUUCCUAACUCCACAGAUCCAUUUAAAUUUCAAUUGACUUACAAGUAGAUUAAAUAUAUAUAUAUACUUAAUUGGCUUUUUUAGCCUCGUGUAGUUACGCGAGUUUAAAAAGGCUUUGUUUGGUUUGUUUAAUAAAAAUUUAAAGCUGUUUGUAAAGAUUUAUAACUCAGA